UCGCAUCAUCCAGAGUAGCGGCCGCGGCGGGCCGCGCGCCCUGAACCUACUGAGCGGCGGCCAUUACACUUUGUUGCAGGAAGCUGCACAAGAACCGCCUGGAGGAAUUGUCCGCCCUCCUCUUCCUGCGACUGGCCAACGUUCGCACAAUCGACAUGUCGUGGAACGGGCUGCGCCGCUUGCCGGUGGGUCUGUUCAGGGGCUCCCCCCGCCUGGGCCUGCUGCGCCUCUCCCACAACGCCCUGAGCCAGCUGCCGGGCGCCCUGCUGGCCGGCCUGGAGCGUCUGGAGGAGCUGGACUUGGCCGGCAACCGCCUGGAAAGCCUGCCGCCGGAGCUGUUCGCGCAGCUGGGCGCGCUGCGACGCCUCCGCCUGGACGACAACCGCAUCAAGGUGCUGCCGCAGGGGCUGUUCACCGACCUGCGCCAGCUGGACUACCUCAGCCUGAGGAAGAACAGGCUGUCCACGCUGCGGCCGGGUGUGUUCGACACCCAGAUCCACCUCACCGUGCUCGAGCUGUCCGCCAACAAGAUCGCCUCGCUGGAGGGGAACGAGUUCCGUUGGCUGCAGUCGCUGGUGGAGUUGCACCUGGGCCAGAAUGCUCUGGGGGAGCUGCCCAGCGGCCUGCUGUCCGGGACGCCGCGACUGCGCAAGCUGUUUCUGUACAACAACAACCUGGAAGCGCUGGGCCCGGAGGCGCUCCGGGGGCCCUCCAACCUCACUGCACUCCUGUUGAACAACAACCUCCUGCGAAGGCUCGCGUCAGACACCUUUGCGGCCGUUCCCCGCCUUCAAAAACUGCAAGUUGAUAGCAACAAGUUCCAGUUCCUUCCCGAAGGGUCCCUGGACUACCUGCAGGAGCUGGAGUCGCUGAAACUGGCCAAGAAUCCGUGGCACUGCGAUUGCGCUGUUCUUUACCUCGCGACGUGGCUGCGGGCGCACCGUCGCCUCGUCUGGGACUCGAACCCCAAGUGCCGCGGCCCAGGGGACCUCGGCGGCCGCCUGCUGGAGAGCAUGACGUUCGACGACCUCUGCGAGGGGCAGUGGGCGUCCAUGGUGCGCCUCUCGCCCCGUGUCCCGGUCAAGGCCGCCGCCAUGGCUGCCGCCGCAGCGGCCGCGGCGGCCGCGGCUCAGGAGGCUGACGACGAGGCCGGGAGCGCGGCUGGUCUGGCGCCCGCGCCCGCACCACGGCCCUUGCCCGGCUCUGACAAGCUGCCCGGGGAGGACGCAAUCUUCUCCCUGGGCAACGUGAAGGUCAACCUCGGCCCACCCGGGGACAACAGCAACUUCAACACCUGACGGCGUCCUCCAAAUAGCGUCCUCCUGAUAGCGUCCUGCUGACGGCGUCCUCCCGACGGUGUCCUGGCCGCGUCCUGACCGCGUCCUGGCGGCGUCCGGACGGGAGCAGAGUGCUGCCCCUCCGUGCCCCACUGAACCGUCCAGACUGUUUCAAUAAAGCGGACCCCUCCGUC